AUGCUCGUAGACUCGGCGCGCACGCUGCGCCUCUUUGCGUGCGCCGUCAGAACUGGACGGCGACACCUGCAUGCGAGUGCUAGCCGCCUGGACUCGGCGGCUGGCACCAAGGCAGCCGACCCCGAAGCGCCUGGCGUCCCGUACGGCCAGCUCUCGAUUGGCGUCCCGAAGGAGACCUUUUCCGGCGAGCAGCGUGUCGCUGUUACGCCCGACGGCGUCAAGACGCUCUUGAAAAAGGGCUUCCGCGCCGUCACCGUCGAGAGCGGUGCCGGUCAGGCAAGCAACUUCCCCGACUCGGCGUACACUGCCGCCGGAGCUACUAUCGCCCCCGCUGCCGCGCAGAGCGACAUUGUCCUCCGCGUCCGCCCGCCGACACUCGAGCAGGCCAAGAUGCAGAAGGGCCAGACCCUCAUCUCCUUCCUCUACCCCGCGACUAACAAGGAGGUCGUCGAGGAGCUCCGUGAGGCUGGCGUGACUUCGUUCGCUAUGGACGCCGUUCCCCGUAUCUCUCGUGCUCAGGUCUUCGAUGCUCUCUCUUCUAUGGCUAACACCGCUGGUUAUCGUGCCGUCCUUGAGGCGGGUAACGAGUUUGGUCGCUUCUUCACUGGUCAAGUUACUGCGGCUGGAAAGAUUCCUCCCGCAAAGGUUCUUGUUAUCGGCGGCGGUGUUGCUGGUCUCUCGGCCAUCACGACUGCCAAGCGUAUGGGUGCUAUUGUCCGCGGCUUCGACACUCGCCCCGUCGUCAAGGAGCAGGUCGAGUCUCUCGGCGCCGAGUUCCUCACUGUCGACAUUGAGGAGGACGGAAGCGGUCAGGGCGGCUACGCCAAGGAGAUGUCCAAGAUGGCUCUCUUCGCCGAGCAGGCCAGGGAUGUCGACAUCAUCAUCACGACGGCCCUGAUCCCCGGCAAGCCUGCGCCCAAGCUGAUUCUGAAGGAGCACGUCGAGGCCAUGAAGCCCGGCUCGGUCAUUGUCGACCUCGCUGGCGAGGCUGGCGGUAACUGCGAGCUGACCAAGCCUGGAGAGAAGGUCGUCCACAAUGGCGUUACCAUCCUCGGCUACACUUCCUCGACGCUGUACUCGAACAACAUUACCAAGUUCCUCCUCUCCAUCGGCAAGGACGGCAAGUUCCACGUUAACCUCGACGACGAGGUCGUCCGUGGCGCCCUUGUGACCAUGGACCGUCAGCUGCUCUGGCCGGCGCCCCGCCCCGCUGCGCCUCCCGCCCCGGCUGCUCCCCCAAAAGCUGUUGAAGAACCUACCAAGGAGGUUACUCCCUGGCAGAAGUCCGUUCGCGAGGUCGCCGGCACCUCUGCUGCGCUCACCGGUGUUCUUGGUCUCGGCAAGCUCACCUCGCCUGCCUUCAUGGGCAUGUUCGGCACCCUCGGUCUGGCUGGUCUCGUCGGCUUCCGUGCUGUCUGGAACGUGGCCCCCGCUCUCCACUCUCCUCUGAUGUCGGUCACCAACGCCCUGUCCGGUCUUGUCGGUGUUGGCGGUCUCUUCGCGAUGGGCGGUGGUAUGAUGCCCCAGACCUUUCCUCAGUGGCUCGCGGCUGCCAGUCUGACCACAGACAUCUUCGGUGGUUUCCUGAUCACCAAGCGCAUGCUUGACCUCUUCCGCCGCCCCGGUGACCCGCCCGAGUACGCCUGGCUGUACGCCAUCCCUGCCGCCCUCUUCGCCGCCGGCCUGAUCUGGGCCUGGCAGACGGGCGAGGCCGGCCUCACGCAGGCGGGCUACGUUGCGUCCACCUUCCUGUGUAUUGGCGCCCUGACCGGCCUCAGCGCUCAGGUAAGCUUGUUGGUUGUAGCUAGCUAA